GGGGGAAACAGGAUAAAAAGCCGUAUAGGAAGAGAAGCACAACCGUGGGUGCCCGCCGCAGCGAUGAACGGUUCGCCACGCUCGCGACAACCGCGGAUAAGCCAUCGGACUAUGUCCUGAAUAGCGGUUUACAUAGCUGGGAUUUUGCACCGAUCAUACAGGGGUAAAAUAUGUCCGCCUCGGUGGGGCCCCGCGGCGGCCCUCGCCCACCCACAGCGCAGAGCUCCAUAUCCGAGCUACCGGACCUCAGUCACCUCACCGAGGAGGAGAAGAAAAUUAUCAUGGCUGUGAUGGUUCGGCAGAGGGAGGAAGAGGCAAAGGAUGAGGCCAUGCUCAAAGAGGAGAAGCCCAUACAAGCAAAAACAGUGAACCUGGUCGGGAACAAGAAACCACCUCAGCAGAACGACAUCAGGUUGCACCAGCAGUUUGCCAACUACAAGGAGCAGGUGAGGCGAAUUGGGCCGGAGCCCCCCCAACAGAGGCAGCAGGGCCAACACAAGGAUGAUGCCCCGACCUGUGGCAUCUGCCACAAGACCAAGUUUGCUGAUGGCUGCGGAAACCUGUGCUCCUACUGCCAGACUAAGUUCUGUGCCCGGUGCGGGGGAAGGGUCUCUCUGUGUUCCAAUAACAAGAAGGAGGACAAAGUGGUAAUGUGGGUAUGUAACCAGUGCCGAAGGCAACAGGAUAUGCUCACUAAAUCAGGAGAGUGGUUUCCCAGCCAAGGGCCCAAGCCUGGAGAGCUGGGGUCAGCAGUGAGUGAACCGACCAUGUGUGGAGAUCCCAUUGGGGAAAAGAAGGUGUGCUCUAGGUCUCAGAACCCUCUCGACUCCUCAGUUUCCACUGCCCAUGACUCCCAGUCACCUGCCCCAACCGACCCCAGAAAAGGCCCCUCCACAGGGCCAGCCGACACGCCGUCAUCACGCUCAUGCAGUGAGCCUCCACAAGGAAGAAAGAAGCCACCAGCAGCCUCUGAUCAGAAUGGCAAGCUAGGGCCAAGAGGUGAGAGGCGGCGAGGCCUAUCCAAAAUCCACUCUGAAGAGCGAGAUACCGGAGAAAAUCGGAGAGAAAGUCGAAGACUGAUGAAGACUCGCUCUCAGGAGCACGACAGUCCUGAGACCAGGAGGACUGAGGGGGAGCAGAAACCACCCAGGGAACAGUGCAGGACUAAUCCAAAUACUCCACAUCAUCUGGCCAAACUCCAGCCGGCAGAGCCUGAUGGACGUAUGCACCCUAAGGCGAGGGAAGCGGGGGAGAUAGUGCAGGACAACAGAGGUGCACGGAGAUGGGCAGAUGGGCGGCAGGCCUCGCUGGAGGGCCAGCAGCAGGCCUACGCCCCAGAAAGGACCGCGGGGGGUAAAGGUUUGCAGGGUGCGCCUAUUGUGCAGGGUCCUCCUCCUAAAACAAACCACACCCCACAGCCGCCUGCUCCGGGGUUCAGGGUGGGCCCUGCCAUGCCUGCAGGCCCACCUGAGCUCAGGGAGCCUCAGGAAUGGGACAGGAAGUUGCAGCCGAGCCAUUUGGACCCCAGCUCGGCUGCGCUGCUGCGCAAAUCGACACGACAAAAAGCUGAGAGCAUGCUGCGCAAUGAUUCGCUCAGCUCUGACCAAUCGGAGUCUCUACGACCACCCCCGCCCCGCCCCUACAAGAGCAAACGGGGCGGAAACAAGAGGCAGAUGUCUGUCAGCAGCUCGGAGGAAGAGGCCGGUUCGACACCAGAAUACACCAGUUGUGAAGAUGUGGAGAUUGAGAGCGUCAGCGAGAGAGGGGACUGGGAGUGCUGUCCACUGGACCCCACUGCGUGGCAUCAUCCGGUUACAUGGCAGCCCUCCAAGGAAGGUGAUCAUUUAAUUGGCCGAAUCACUUUGAGCAAGCGAACAGCCAUGCCAAAAGAGGCUGGGUCUCUGCUAGGGCUAAAGGUGGUCGGAGGGAAGAUUACAGAAAGUGGGAGACUUGGGGCCUUCAUCACUAAAGUCAAGAAAGGAAGUAUAGCUGAUGUGGUGGGUCAUCUGCGGGCCGUGAUACACCACGAAUACCAGAAACAUCACACCCUCCGUUAG